CGUCAGUCAAAAUUUUUAGUUUUACGUUAGUAGUGAGUAUUAAACACACGGUUUGACGGCUGGUCGGGUUAGCGAAUAUCUUUAUUUGAUUUUUUUUCUUAAAAGAAAAAUGAAGUAGUGCAAAAUUUUUUUCUAUUAAAUGUAUGAAAAAUAAAAAAGAAAAAUUAAUAAAUAUUAAAUGAAAAUAAGCAAAAUGAAGCCCUUUUUCAAUUGAAAUAAAAAAAGUUUCAAGUCAAAGAUCGAGUGGGCAGUCGGGAAAAAAGGAAAAUAAGAAAAUUUUAUUUAGGCAGCAAAAGAAAAGAAGAAAAAAAAUUGCAUUUUGCUUAUAUGAAAAGUGAAAGAAAAAUCCGUGGUAGUAUAUAGUUGUGUGUAUAUGUGAGCGCUAGUGAGUGUGUGUGUGUGUAAGUGAAGUUAGAAAAAGAAGAAAUACAACAAAUGAGAAAAAGGUGGAAAAUAAAAUUAAGCUUAAAAACAGCAACAACAAUAACAAAAAGUGUGUGGGGUGCUUAAGCAGCCGCUAAAUGGCCAGAGAGAAAAAACAGGCCUAAAAUCAAACGGAAAACAGGAGCAAAAGGAAAAAUAACAACAACAAAAGGAAAAAAGUUCUUUUUUUAUGAUAAAAGUUCAAUUUGUUUUAAAUCAAGUUAUUCUUUUCUUUAAGUGGCAAUUAUUUGUUUAUCAAUUAAAUUCUAUUAUUGCUCUUAUAAACCUACAACAAAGCAACUACAAAAGAAGUUUAUGGAAAAAUUAAAAUGAGUUCGAGUUGCGAAAGAAUAGAAUGGGUGGAAAUUAUCGAACCCCGUACCAAAGAGCAUAUGUAUGCCAAUCUAACCACAGGCGAAUGUGUUUGGGAUCCACCUGAAGAUGUACCAAUUAAGCGCACCGAUUCAUCACAAUGGUGGGAAUUGUUUGAUACAAAUACGCAACGUUUCUAUUACUAAGCUGCCUCACAGAAGACCGUCUGGCAUAGGCCGAGUAAAUGUGACAUCAUACCACUGGCUAAAUUGCAAACGCUCAAACAAAAUACCGAUCCCAGUGAUCGACGUGAGAUUAGUACACAAACAUUACAACAACAAUUGCUACAGCAUCAGCAACAACAAUCGCAGCAGCAGCCUAUUGGUGGCACUAAUAAACGCAGCAGUGCUGGUUUGCCAUUCCAUGCCAGUUCGGAAGAGAAACUAACCACCGAAAUACUCUCAAGUCCACGUGGCGUCAAAGUUUUCGCGUUGGCACUGGUGAUUCAUCACGUUCCAUGGAUAUGCAACAAAUCUCAACAUCAUCAAGACGUUCCACAAGAUUCUUACAAUCACUUUAAAGAAUCUGGCAAAUCGAGUGAUUCUAGUCUAUCCAGCAUACAUGGCUAUCGCCGAUUCAAUGAUGAUCAUAUAAGCAGCGGUGUUAGUGGUGGUGUUGGUUCAGGGAUGGUUGGUGGCACAAACGAAAGUUUAAGAGUGGGAUCAUUACAAAAACAUCGUAGUCGUAAAGAGGGUAGUGGCAGUUUUGAUAUGCUGCAAGAGAGUAUUAGUUCUCAUAAUAUUCCACAUGUCAGUAGUACUCAACGUCAGCAUCGUUCCAGCGAAAUGAGUUCACCAACAAUGCAUACGCCCCAAACGAAAAAGAAAAUCUCACCGGAUGCUCAUCAUUUGCAGCAAUAUCCCCAACAGCAGCCGACAUUUAAUUCACAGCAACGUUCGUUGGUGGGCAGUGUUGGAGGUGGCAGUACUACGGGCAGUGUUGGCAGUAAGUCAUCAACAUCCACGCGACAAACUAUGGAAUAUGGAGGAAGUGAAAGGGAACGUGAUUAUAAGGUUUCCUUGGCUAGAUCGGGUAGCUUUAUGUCAUCUUCUAUAAAUCCCUCUGCUGCCGGACAUCACAGCAAAUCUUAUCGCCGUUCCGCGGCCGAAACUGCCAAUGGUGUUGUGGGUGUUUCACCUGCCAGCGCUGCUUGUAUAGUGGGCGGUGGUAAUGGUGGCAAUGGAGGAGCGGCUAGCGAUGAUUCUAUGCAUGAGAAAUAUUUUAAAUCUGUGGAGAAUACGCCUCUCUCACGCCGUCGCCACACUACCACACCCAAAGGCUCCAGUGGAGCCGCUAGCGCCAGCAGUGGUCAUGGCACUGGAGGCAGUGCUGGCAGCAAUAUGAAACAUUCUAGUGACUCAUCACCCCAGAGUCCCAUAAGUCCACACAGUAAUAAAAAUAAACCCCUUAAAGCUUCCCCUAACAUUAUGGGUGAACGCGGUACACCCAUGUUACAUUCACCCGGAGGCCAUUCCACGUGUUCGGGCCAACAACAGCCUUCAUUAUCUAGUCAUUCGCAUUAUAAACAAGAUUCUUCUUGUAGUUUAGAAUUAUUAAAUUUGGAUCGUUUAUCGCUGAGGGAAGGAGGUGGUGUUAGUGGUGGAGGCAAAACCACUUCGCCACAUUUGAGUGAUAUUACUAGUCACAUAAGUGGUUCGAAUAAUAUUACUUCAAAGAAUUUUCCUUCUUCCGACAACAUUGGCAUGUUGACUCAUUCCUCUAGGGGCUCAAAUGAUUCGAGAGGUAAACACAAGACCUCUACUACUGGAUCAUGGUCUCAACAUCAGGAUAAUCGUUCUCGAGGUCAUAAUUCUAUGAGUUUGGACAAACAGUCACGUCAUUCUAAUGAUUAUUAUCCGCAGGAUAAUAAACGUCAUUCUCGCAAAGCCAAAGAUAGACAUCAACAUUUACAGGCCGAUAAUAGUGAUGUGGAAUAUGAUAAUGGUAAUAUAUCGCCUUUAUACAGUAAUUGGGAUUCGGAAAUGCAAGAACAUUUAUUGCCUUUAAAACACUAUAUUAUCGAACAGGCGAAGUUAUCGGGGCGUUAUGUAUUCGGUGAUCCCAUUGACUCCGAUUCCUAUCAUUCGGACAGCCAGUCGGAGCAAUCGUUGUCGGGACAUGAGCCCGAUAAUGAAGAUUCAGAUGGCGGUUCGGAUACACAUGGUGGUUAUUUAGAGCACAAUUAUGGUAUGAUUGAAGACUAUGCUAAUAUGGGUGAUAGUGUCUCAUAUUAUGCCUAUCAAUAUCCACCAUAUGAUCCAGCUGCCAGAGAAGAUAUCUCCGACAAUGUGGAAGCUGUCUUAGAGGGUAUAGGUUCCGAAAUGAAUUCACAAAAAUCAAAGCCUUCUUCACGUUAUCAGUACUAUGAUACCGCCACUACACAUACACCUUCGACUUUUAAUCAGCAACAGUCACAACAUCAUUACAACACCCAACAGCAAUCCACACAUCAUCAUCAUUCUCCCCAGCAACAGCUGCCACAACAACUCUAUUCAAAUGCUCCACCAUUGCCACCCGGUCAUCCUUCAUCCUCUGCCUCUCAUCAUCACUUGCAAUUAGACGGUUCUGCCGACAAAUCGAAACAAUCUCAAACAUUACCCUCACCCAAUCGCCAAAUUUCACGCAUAGCACAAAAUUCUCAAGACAGUGGCACUGGCAUUGGUGGCCGUUUACCCAUGCCACCACCGCCACCACAUCCCUAUACCAAAGAUGGUGAAACGUCGAAUAUUGUCGGUGGCAGCAUGAUGCGUCGACCAUUGCCACCGCCUAAUCUUAAGCCGACAAUACAACAAAUCUUUCCACCUAGCGAAAGGGCUCCUCAGGGACUGGGGGGUAUACCCACGUUGGCUUGCAUGAAGGAAUGUGAUAUUGAAAAGUUUGCGGCGGAUAAUUUAAAUUUACAUUCGAAGGGUAUAUUUCGUAAAAAGUCUUCCGUACGUGACAUGUUAAGCUGGACAUCGGAGGCCAUAAGUCGUCCCAUGUUGGCAUUGUCACGUGAUAAAACCGAUAAGAAAAUUGCUAUAGAACUCUUUAAAUUGGUGCAAAUCUAUAUGGGUGAUCGUAAGGCCCGCGCCGGCAUGAGUUUAAAUUCGGUAGCCAUAGAUAUAAUAACAGCCGCUUUGCCACAGCAACAAUUACGAGAUGAAUUGUAUGUACAGCUAUGCCGUCAGACGACAGAGAAUCCCAAACGAGAAUCUUUAAUCCGAGGUUGGGAACUAAUGGCCAUUUGUUUGUCUUUCGUACCGCCUUCAAUAACAUUUCAGCCGACUUUAUUAAAUUAUGUCAAUCGCCAUCGUGACACUACUUAUGCUAUAUCAUUUCCCGAGGUGGGCAAAUGGCCCAUUCACGUACAAAUAUCUCACUAUGCCACGGUGUGUUGUAGACGUUUGGAUCGUAUAGGCAGUCAUGGACGUAAACAGGCUAAAAAGCCGACAGAAGAUGAAGUGGAACAGGCUAGAAAUCAAAUUUUACGCAAUAGCAUGUUUGGUAAUACUUUGGAGGAGGUUAUGCAAUUGCAAAAGGAUAAAUUUCCAUUCCGUAAAUUGCCAUGGAUACAAACUACUCUAUCGGAACAUGUUCUACAACUAAAUGGCAAACAAACCGAAGGUAUAUUCCGUGUGUCAGCUGAUGUUGAUGAGGUGAAUUCUUUGAAAAAUCGUUUAGAUCGGUGGGAUGUUCCUGAAUUUAAAAAUACUAUGGAUGCACAUGCACCAGCUAGUCUUUUAAAAUUAUGGUAUCGCGAGUUAUAUGAUCCUUUAAUACCCGAUGAAUUAUAUGAUGAAUGUGUAAAUACCGAAGAUCCGGAUAAAGCCAAAGCUAUUGUUGAUAAAUUGCCAGAAUUAAAUAAAUUGGUCUUAACCUAUUUAAUACAUUUCCUACAACAAUUCUCACAUCCGGAUGUGGUGAGUGCCACCAAAAUGGAUUCCUCUAAUUUGGCCAUGGUUUUUGCACCCAAUUGCUUGCGCUGUACAUCGGAUGAUCCGAAAGUUAUAUUGGAAAAUGCACGAAAAGAAAUGUCAUUUAUGCGCACAUUAAUCCAACAUAUGGAUACAACGCAUGUAGCCAAUUUGGUGUAAAUAGUUUUAAGAAGUUAUAAAAGAGAAAACAAACACACACACAUACACACAAAUAAACAAACCAACAUAUUUAUUUAA